AUGGGGAAGCCGUACAAGAGAACAAAGCCGGCAGUCUUCACGUUCCAUUUCGAGCCCAAAGUGCCCGAGCUCUGCAGGGAUGCACGGAGGAGAAAUAUAAGAGUGAGAAAGAGGCACGGCUCUGCGAAUCCCAGAUUCGAGACUAUACGUCAGGUUAUCGAGGGCCCUCCCUUCCUGCCGCCAGAUGCUGAGCCGGACAAUCUCGCCAAUGCCCCACCAGAUGGAAAAGAAAAUGUAGGUAAUUCGGAUGAUCCAAGGGCCGCUAAAGUAGCUGAGCUGAACGAGGCCCUGUCCCCCACGAGGAAAAGUGCGGCCACCAGACAGAUUGUCACCACGCCGAGUGCAUCAGCAACAGCUCUUGUUACGGGCAUUACCCAAGGCACGAAUACCACGCAUGCUCUCUGCCAGCAUGGACAAUGA